AUGCGAUUCCGAUCACAUCGUAUUAGAGCACGACGAAAAAGACGUAUAACCCGAACCGAUCCAAAUACAAUAAUCAGACCCACAGAGGAAAGGAUAGCUGAUGACCACGUCAUCCAGCUUACUCCAUUAAAAUCUCCAAUUUCAAUUGAUUCCAUGCAACGGUUAACGCGAAACGGAGACCAAGUUAACUUCAGACAAGUGCUGCGCAUCUAUGGAUCAGGGGUGGUUGAAGAGCCUUACGCUUAUUUACCAAGGCGGACAUCAGUGUUGAGUACGCGCGGUAUGGUAACGGUGAAAUAUGGCACGAAUAUGAUCGAAAUCGCUACGCAAAAUACCGAUGUUCAGCCAAGCAAACGUGGCCGCGUCGGCAGCUGGAUAUUUACGCAUUCACGGAAAGUGCACAGAGCACCUAUAGUGUUCGGUAAAACGAAGCUUCCGAGUGAGAAAGGCCCGGCGCCAUUUUGUCUGUCUAUAGCGGCACCCUUUUGGGUGAGCUAUCACCAAGAACAAUACGCAUCAUCACAAAGUGGUGAACGUAUUCGUGAAAGUAUCGAAAUUCGUCAAUGCAAGAGUAGUGGUAUGCCGUACUAUGAAAUGAAACCACUCGAUCCGGAGCAACAUCGUCUCUUUAGUGAGCAUGUCUAUCUGGGAAAAGGUGUCAUUCGCAUCGAUCGAAGUUCUUACAUUCCCACCGAACAGAAGCUAACUGCUUUCUUCGCCACAUGCAUCAAUACCACCAAAACACGCCAGUAUAGAAUUCCGCUCCCAUGGAGGGGUACUGGAGUCAGUCACUCCAAGUACGUUUUACCUUGUUGGGCAACCAGCCUCGUAGCGUGGGUCUAUUAG